UUCCAAUAUUGUAUCAACUUCUUCCGUCGACAACCACCAUUUCACCGUCGCCAAACCGUAGUCGACAAAGAUAACCAGUCAAAAUGGCCCCCAAGAAGAAGUCCACCGACAACAUCAACAGCCGUCUGGCUCUUGUCAUCAAGUCCGGAAAGGUCACCCUGGGCUACAAGUCGACCCUGAAGAGCCUGCGCUCUAACAAGGCCAAGCUCAUCAUCAUCGCCGGCAACACUCCCCCCCUCCGCAAGUCUGAGCUCGAGUACUACUCUAUGCUUUCCAAGACCCCCGUCCACCACUUCAGCGGCAACAACAUUGAGCUCGGUACUGCCUGUGGUAAGCUCUUCCGCUGCGGCACCAUGGCUAUCCUCGAUGCUGGAGACUCGGACAUCCUGGCCGACCAGCAGGCAUAAGUCCCUUAGGGGAACCUGCUUGGAGUGACAAGGCUACAAUUCUUCCAUGACUUCAGGAUGGUACGGCGUUAAGGAUGAACUGGGAUUGGGCAAUGAACUGGUUAUCAAAAGCAACAGCAAUGGGUAAAGGGACGGCCCUAUAUUUUGCGUUUCCCUGAAUCAACUUUGAUCAGCACGUCCGCUCAGAAUUGCGAGGGUUCGCUUUGGCCCCGUAGCAGUAGCCUAGUCGAAUGAGACUAGUGCCUAGUGAGGAGCUUGCAUCUGGAGUGUGCUCUUGACACUCUUAGCUCAGCCUGAAAUGAAAAGUGAAAAAAAAGUAUAGAUCAGACAUUUAAAACACUUGCCGGGAUGCAGCUCUCUCCUUGGGUCAGCAUGUGGGUGGUAAUUCUCAAGUGAGAGUCAUUCGCCUCUGUGAUGAUAAUAGAUGUGAUUUAACACUGUACAGAGUAAAGAAGUAAGCAUACGC